GUUUCUGAAAAUAAAUGUUAGAUGUCGUUUAAUUUUGAGUAGAAAAGAUGAAUUGACAUCGUUGAUUGGAACUCCAAUCAAUCUGGGAAUAUUGUUUUAUUCUCGCAAUAAAGUUGUAAGAUGUGAUCGGAAUCGGACGUGUUUUGUGUUCUGAAAUUUUUGGAAGAGUUUAUGCAAUUGACCAUCUUUGUGUUUUCUUGAAGUGAAGUAUUCGACUUUGUUUCGCUGACCAUACUUAAAGUAAGAAGACUCUCGUAAUGAAAGUUUGAAAUUGCGUCACGUAUAUGGAUUAUUUUAAAAAUGUUUUAUAUCUAUAAAUAUGCUUACAAGAAAGUGCAUCAAAAAACGCAUCAAUCGCGUGUAACUUAACCUUGAGAAAAAGUGAUUUUUCCAAUUUACUUCAAGUUCCUGCCUAACCUCAAUCUUCUCGUGGAACCAUAUGAAUUCCCACGUGUUCGUGGCACAGUCGCUUAAAGCUUGACUAUUUUUAUUGAUCUGUAUCUAUACUCCAGUGAAUUAUCGAUAUCAUCAUCCGAGAUCAUGAAUACGAAAGUGUGUAAAGACGUUGUGCAAGCCGUUAUUCUUGCGGACGAUUUCACGACAAGACUGAAUCCAGCGCAGAACGUUUUACCGAGCAUCCUGAUGCCUGUGAUAAACAUACCGCUCUUCGAUUACAUGAUCGAAACGCUGAUAAAGUCGAGGAUACAAGAAGUGUUUCUUUACUGCAGCAGUCAUCUGGAUCUAUUAAAAAAACAUCUGAUGGAAAGUGUUUACAAAGAUAUUACGAUCUCCUUGAUCAUCUCUGAUGGCUGUAGAUCUCUCGGGGAUGCUCUACGAGAUAUUGAUGCAAAAGGAUGUAUCAGAGGCUGCUUCAUAUUGAUUCGUGGAAAUGUGUUUACCAAUACGAAUUUGAAGACCUUGCUUAACACUCAUCGUCUAAAAGUCGAGAAGGACAAGGGAGCAGCUAUGACUAUGGUAUUGCGAAAUCUUGGGUCGACAAAAGAUUCUUACCUCAAUGAGGAAACGUCUCUAGUUGUAUCGGAUAAGAGUAGCAAUAAAAUACUGUAUUAUACUAAACUGAAGAACAAUGAAAAGAAAGUAAAGUUAGAAUUAGAUUGGUUUCUCGAUCAUAACGAAGUAGAAAUCAAUUCUUGCUACUUGGACACUCAUGUUUACUUGUGUUCGCCAUCUGUUUUGCCACUCUUUGCUGAUAACUUUGAUUUUCAGACUAUGGAUGAUUUUAUUCGAGGAGUAUUGAUGAACGAGGAGAUUUUGGACUCAAGGAUCUAUUGGCAGCAGUUAAACGUAGAAGAUUAUGCUUUACCAGUUACAUCGUGGAAGGCUCAUUAUACGCUUACCCAGGAUGUUUUGCGUAGACUUAGUUUUCCUCUUGCACCAGAUGCUUUCCCUUUGUUAAGGAAUUUUAUCUGCAUGCCACGAAGUACAUAUAAACAUGAAACUGCUACUUUUGCUAAAGGUUGUUUGCUAGAAAAAAAUUGUAUUCUUGGAUGUAACAGUUCGUUAGGAAGUAAAACUAAAGUUGCAACAUCUGUGAUCGCAGACAAUUGCACGAUAGGCAGUAACGUCACUAUAGACAACUCUUGUGUCUUUUCAAACGUCAGAAUCAAAGAUAAUUGCAGCAUUACUGAUAGCAUCUUGUUUCGGGAUUGCAUCAUUAGAUAUGGUAGCCAAAUAGAUGGAUGUAUAUUGUGUCCUGGAAUUGAUAUUGCCGCGCGCAGUAAAUACGUUGAUACCAUUAUCGAGUCCACAUCUUCCGGUUUGGUCAAGACCAAAAUGUCAGAUCUCGAUGCUGAGGACGGAUUUUUGUAUUUUAAGAAAUCGGAGAAUACUGAAGUAGUUGAUUGCGACGAUUGUUCCACAGAGUCGUCUAGCGAUGAAAGAGAUCUGGAGUGUGAUUCUCCAAUUCCAGAUGACACUAAUAUGUUCCUGUCCGAAGUCAUUGAUAGUUUGUUACGCGGUUAUCAAGAUCAGCUCAAUUGCGAGAACUUAAUAUUAGAAAUAAAUUCGUCGAGGUACGCGUAUAACGUUACUAUUAAUAAAGUAACAUACAACGUGAUUAAAGCGAUUCUGAGUCUGCCGUUGCAUUAUCUUUCCGAAUUGAAGAUUGCCGUUAGUAAACAGAAUUAUCAAGAGACUCUGAAAAUUAUGAUAUCCUAUUUUAAGCCUGUUAUUCUAAAUUAUGUUAAGAACGAAGACGCUCAGGAAAACUGUUUGCGUGCUAUAGAAGACGUUGCCAGUACAACCCACGAGCUAUUACCGUACACGCAACGCCUGUUAAAACUAUUUUACGAUGAUGAUAUACUCUCGGAAGAAAAGAUUUUAGAAUGGUACGAGUCUACUGACGACGCGGAUACAAAAGUGAGAAACGCCGUCCAGCAAUUUAUUAAGUGGCUACAAGAGGCAGAGGAAGAUUCUACUGAAAGUAAUGAUUAAUAUUUUCUAUUUAAAAUAUAAAUAAAAUAUGUAUUAUAUAUGAAUAUCCGAGAAUAACAAAGAAAGGAUUGUAUGCAUGUGGUGUGAUAUGUGAACAUAUUGUUAAAUAUAAUUAUAACAAAAUGA